AUGCUUUUAGUGCCAACAGGGAGGGGGGGAUCAAAUCGGGGUGGUGGAACUGGUUUACCGUUGGAUUUUUAUUAUAAUACGUUAAUGAAAACGAUAUUAUGUAACCAAAAUCCUGUUACUGGAUUGUUUUCAGCUGGGAAAGAUACAGAUCAUGCAUGGGUUCGUGAUAAUGUCUAUGCGAUUAUGGCUGUCUGGGGAUUAUCGUUAUCAUAUAAAAAACAUCUUGAUCAAAUGGAAAACUGGACGAGAUGUUAUGAACUUGAACAAAGUGUGGUGAAAACAAUGCGUGGACUGUUAUCAUGUAUGAUGAAACAAGUAUCGAAAGUAGAAAAAUUUAAAUUAACACUCAACAAAGAUGAUUGUUUACACGCUAAAUACUCAUCUGUCACAGGCAAUACGGUUGUCGGUGAUCAUGAAUGGGGACAUUUACAACUUGAUUCAACAUCGUUAUAUCUAUUAAUGUUAGGAGAAAUGACAUCUUCUGGUUUACAAAUUGUGUUUACAUUAGAUGAAGUUGAUUUUUUGCAAAAUCUUAUCUUUUAUGUUGAACAAUCCUACAUGAUUCCAGAUUAUGGUGUAUGGGAACGUGGUGAUAAAACAAAUCAUGGUUAUCCUGAAUUAAAUUCAAGUUCAGUCGGAAUGGCAAAAGCAGCCUUAGAAGCACUUAAUGAACUUGAUUUAUUUGGUUCAAAUGGUGGUCCACGAUCCGUUAUUCAUGUAUCAGCCGAUUAUAUCUAUUGGUGUCAUUUAGUGUUAAAAUCUAUGCUUCCAAGAGAAUCAUUUUCAAAGGAAAGUGAUGCAUCCUUAUUAAGUAUUAUUAGUUAUCCGGCAUUCGCAGUUGAAGAUCUGGAAUUAGUUACCGAAACUAAACAAAGUAUCAUUAGUAAAUUACAAGGAAGAUAUGGUUUAUCAAGAUUUUUACGUGAUGGCCAUAAAACGCCAAUAGAAGACGUGUCACGUUUACAUUAUGAACCCCAUGAAUUAAAGUGUUUUGAAAAAAUUGAAUGUGAAUGGCCAAUGUUUUUUUGUUAUUUGAUUCUUGAUGGUUUAUUUCAUGAAAAUGAAAAUCAAGUUGAACUAUACCAUGGUCUAUUAGAAGAAUGUGUUAUACGUGAUUCUGAUGAUAUUCCGAUACUUCCCGAGUUAUAUGCCGUGCCUGCAUCCAAAGUUGAAGAGGAAAAACGUGAUCCUCAUAGUAAAAAACGUAUACCCAUGGGAAGAAUGCCGCAAAUGUGGGGACAAUCACUCUACAUUUUAGCAAUGUUAGUUAGAGAUGGCUUUCUAGCUCCCGGUGAACUUGAUCCAUUGAAUCGCCGUCUUAUUACUGAACCGAAACCAGAAGGUUUCGUUCAAGUUUGUGUAUUAACUGAUAGUGAUAUUAUACAAUCAAAAUUAGCAUCUGUCGGUAUACACAUUCAACAAUUGAAAGAUCUUGAACUUAUUCAAGUUCGAUCCGUACAAACAUUACAAAAUAUUUAUUCGCAUCUCGGUAAAAACGAACGUCUUGGUUUGACGGGUCGUCCAUCGCUUGAAAUGGGUCCAUUGAGUACAUCGAAACUUUAUACACUUAACGGAAGAACAUUUGCAUUUACACCAUCAUUUAUGGAUCAGCGUGCAUUUUACUUAGCAUCCGAUCUUGAUUACAUAUUAGAUCAUUUUCGUACAUAUCUGGCAUUUAUUAAUAAACAUUGGAAUAAUAUCACUGGACGACCAGUUGUUGCUACAGUACUAAGAGCAUCAUUGUUCGAUGUUGAACAAACGCCACAAAAUUUAAUUCAAACAUUAAAAAAACUUAAAACCGGUUACAUUCAUGGUGUGAGAGUACAACUGGGCAAAUUGGAAGAUUUUAUAAAUACAUCUUGUAUAACAAGUUUGGAUUUUGUUUUUCGAGAAGAUGAUAGUGAAGAUCCUCAAGAAAAAUUUCUCGAUUUACUUGAAUCAACAGCUGAUUAUAAUAGGCAUGCACCUAAUUUAUUACUUCAUCAAAAUGUUGAUUAUCGUUAUCCAAAGCGUUAUCGUAUUAAAAAGUUAGCCGAAAUACGUGGAGCUGUUAAACGAUCGAGAUCCAUUCAUUAUACGGAUAAUUCACAUAAUCUACUUGGUCAGAGUUUAGAUGAUCAAGAUGAAGUAGAUGCUAGUGUAUUAAAUCAUAUAAGAACCGACGAUCAUUCAACAGUAUCCUACAAUAGACGUGGUGAUAAUAGUCUCAUACGUGAUAAACAAGUUCAAGAUAUAAUCGCUUUACUUCAACAUACAGAUUCAAUACAAGAUCAAGCUGAUAUAUUACAUUGUUUAUAUAUGAACAAAGGUAUCGAUUUUGAAUUUGAACACAACGGUCAUCAUGUCACAUGCCGUGUUCUAAUAGAAGAACUAUAUGAUAGAGCGUGUAAACAAAAAGAAUGGUGGUGUGUUCGACAUUGUGCGGGAAUGUUAAGAAUGAGAAAUGAGAAUAUUGCACAGAGUUUAAUUGCUAUUCUUGCACAACAAAAGCAAUUAACUAUUGGCCUUCCACCAGCCCCACGAGAACACGUUUUGACUAGUCCAAUGCCACUUGACCAGUUAUACAAUAUAAUUGUAGCAGCUUCUGGAAAUGAUCCAACAUCGGUCAUGCUUACACAGGAAAUUUUAGUAUUUUUAAUGUUAUUUAUAUCGACUGAGCCACAGUUGUUCGCAGGAAUGAUACGAAUACGUGUGGGUUUAAUUGUACAAGUAAUGCUUGGUGAAUUAAAACGGACACUUCAAUCAACUGAUGAAGAUGCUACCGAUCAUUUGUUGAAUUUAAGUCCGUAUGAAAUUAAAAGUUUAUUACAUAUUAUUCUUAGUGGAAAAGAAUUUGGUAUAAGUGAACAUUCAACUAAACCAGCUGUUGGUCUUGAUAAUAUGUCAAAACAGGAACGUGAAAUGCGUAUUAUUCGACAUGAAAUCAAAGAAGCAAGUACAAAGAAGUUAAGCGUAAAUCUCAAUUGGCUUGAUCAUCCACCAGAUGAAGACGAUGACGAUUUGGGAAAACAUGGUCAAUGGAUCCGUCGCCGAAGACUUGAUGGUGCAUUAAAUCGUGUUCCCGUUAAAUUCUAUGGUCAAAUAUGUAAAAAUUGUAUUUAUUUAAAGUGUCAUGGAAUCAAAAUAGCCGGCUACAUUCUUUAUGAUAGUCUUACUCAAGAGAUGACACGUGAAGAAAUGAAAUUUGCAUUACGUGUUGAAGAAGCACUCAAUCGUGUACCAUUUACAGAAUAUCGACAAUUAAUUGUCGAAGCAUGUGUCAUAUUUACAUCUAUUGCAUUGGGUGAUGCACGGUAUACUAAAAAUUUUAUAUUUUACAUUCAUCUUGUUGAACGUAAUAUUUUUCUUUAUUCAAGAUUUCAUUGGGACGAUAUAAUUGUUAUUGAAGAUAUUGUUUCAACAGCGAAUCAAAUAUUUUUACAAGAUCAACGUGCAUUUGGUGGCGAUGCGUCAAAAUGUUGUGCAAAUGGUGCACCAUGUGUUAGUUCGGCUGGCAUUUGUGUACAUUUUUAUGAUUCAGCACCAAGUGGACGAUUUGGAACAAUCAAUUAUUUCUUACGUGCCUUAUUAAAAAUAUUACAUAUUGACGAAACAAGUAUCGGAAAUGCGUGCUGGGAACUAUAUUGCUUAGAACAUGGAAUUAGUGAGGAUGGUCAAAUGACAAAAAAAAGUAAAAAUGAAAAGGAUGAUUCAUUCAGUACCUUUUUUCAUAAUACGGGUAACAGAUAUGUACCACGUGCAAUAUUCGUGGAUUUGGAACCAAGUGUUAUCGAUGUGAUUAGAAGCGGUCCAUUUAAAAAACUCUAUCAUCCUGAACAAUUAAUAACAGAUAAAGAGGAUGCAGGUGGUACUGGCUCUGGUUUCACCUCGUUACUUAUGGAACGUUUAAGCGUUGAUUAUGGAACAAAAUCGAAACUCGAAUUUGCUGUUUAUCCCGCUCCACAAAUAUCAACAGCUGUUGUUGAACCGUACAAUUCAAUAUUGACGACACAUACAACAUUAGAACAUUCUGAUUGUGCAUUUAUGGUCGACAAUGAAGCUGUCUAUGAUAUAUGUCGACGAAAUUUAGAUAUUGAGCGCCCAUCAUAUACAAAUUUAAAUCGUUUAAUUGCACAAAUUGUUAGUUCUAUAACAGCAUCAUUAAGAUUUGAGGGUGCAUUAAAUGUCGAUUUAAACGAAUUUCAAACUAAUCUUGUACCCUAUCCACGUAUUCAUUUUCCAUUAGCAACAUAUGCACCAAUUAUUUCGGCUGAAAAAGCAAUGCAUGAACAAAUUAGUGUUGGUGAAAUAACAAAUGCUGUCUUCGAUCCAGCAAGUCAAAUGGUGAAAUGUGAUCCGAGACAUGGAAAAUACAUGGCAUGUUGCCUAUUAUAUAGAGGUGAUGUGGUGCCACAAGAUGUUAAUAGAGCGGUAGCAACUAUCAGAACGAAACGUUCAGUUCAGUUUGUUGAUUGGUGUCCAACAGGAUUCAAAGUUGGUAUCAAUUAUCAAGCAAUGAGUGUUGUACCCGGAUCUGAUAUGGCACAAGUACCGAGAGCUGUUUGUAUGUUAUCAAAUACGACAGCCAUUGCUGAAGCGUGGGCACGUCUCGAUCAUAAAUUUGAUUUGCUGUAUGCAAAACGUGCUUUCGUCCAUUGGUAUGUCGGCGAGGGUAUGGAAGAAGGUGAGUUUAGUGAAGCACGUGAAGAUUUGGCUGCACUAGAAAAGGAUUAUGAAGAAGUUGGUGCAGGUUCUGAUGAUCUUGAUAAAACAGAUGAAUAUUAA